CGCGUUCCCAGCGUGCCCCGCGCGGAGCCCGCGCUCCUGCUCUGCUCGCGCGGCGGGGUCUGAGCGCGGCGGGGGCGGUGGCGGCUCCCACCAUGUCGGGCGAGGAGGAGGCGGCCGAGCUCACCAUCGCCGAGGACCUGGUGGUCACCAAGUACAAGAUGGGGGGGGACAUCGCCAACCGGGUCCUGCGAGCAGUGGUGGAAGCAGCGAACUCGGGUGCCUCGGUCCUCUGCCUCUGUGAGAAGGGGGACGCCAUGAUCAUGGAGGAGACCGGCAAGAUCUUCAAGAAGGAGAAGGAAAUGAAAAAAGGUAUUGCCUUCCCGACGAGUAUAUCGGUAAAUAACUGCGUCUGUCACUUUUCCCCAUUGAAGAGCGACCAGGAUUACAUCCUCAAAGACGGAGACCUUGUCAAAAUUGACCUGGGAGUCCACGUCGACGGCUUCAUAGCGAAUGUAGCACACAGUUUUGUCAUAGACGCCUCAAAGGAAAACCCUGUGUCAGGCCGUAAAGCUGAUGUCAUCAAAGCAGCUCAUCUCUGCGCCGAAGCUGCGCUCCGCUUGGUAAAGCCCGGAAACCAGAACACACAAGUGACAGACGCGUGGAACAAAAUAGCCCACUCGUUUCACUGCACGCCGAUCGAAGGGAUGCUGUCACACCAGCUGAAGCAGCAUGUGAUCGAUGGUGAGAAAACCAUCAUCCAGAACCCGACAGACCAGCAAAAGAAGGACCACGAAAAAGCAGAAUUUGAGGUCCACGAAGUUUACGCUGUCGAUGUUCUUGUCAGCAGUGGGGAGGGAAAGGCAAAGGAUGCAGGACAGAGAACUACGAUUUACAAAAGGGACCCCUCCAAACAGUACGGCUUGAAGAUGAAAACCUCCCGUGCCUUUUUCAGCGAGGUGGAGAGGCGCUUCGACACGAUGCCAUUUACUCUCAGGGCAUUUGAGGAUGAGAAGAAGGCCCGGAUGGGGGUGGUGGAAUGCGCCAAACACGAGCUGCUCCAGCCUUUCAAUGUCCUUUACGAGAAAGAAGGAGAGUUUGUCGCACAGUUCAAAUUCACGGUGCUUUUAAUGCCCAACGGUCCGAUGCGGAUAACCAGCGGCCCCUUCGAACCCGAGCUCUACAAGUCGGAGUUUGAGGUGCAGGACGGAGAGCUGAAGGCCCUUCUACAGAGCUCUGCCAGCCGGAAAACCCAGAAAAAGAAGAAAAAGAAGGCCUCCAGGAACGCGGAGAACGCCACUACGGGAGAGACGGCGGAGGAGAAUGAGGCUGGCGACUGAGCGGCUCCCACUCCUGCCGGGUAGCGCCCAACUCACACACACUCGCCCCUUUUCCCCCCCGAAAAAAACGAAAUAAUCUGGCACCGUUUUGUCUCUUACGACCAAACCACAACUAGUCCGGAUGCCCCACCGCCAGCUCCUCUCGACUUUGCCAAGGAGGGAGGAUCCUCUCAGCCACCUCAGGCUCCUUCCAAAAGAAAGCAGACAAAUAAAAUCGGGAGUGAAAGCCGGUCUAGAUCCGCUCUUUCUAACCUUGUGCUUGUUGAGGCGAGCAGGGAGAGAAGGGAGCACACGGGCCUGCCGGCUCGCUGCCUCCUCCUCCUCUUUCUUUACAAUUUCUCCCUUUUACAGAUUGUCUUGGAGGAAAAAAAAAAAACAAACCCCAAACCCAACAGCUGAUUCCGCCCAAGCAAGCGCCCGGUGUUGAGGGAUGCGGAAUGUGCGGAUCUGCCUUGCGGCACCCUCGGCUCCUCCCGCUCUCCAUUACCUUGGGCAGAGGAUUUCUCCCUCUUUCCUUUUAGCCUCUAGAAUUGUAUGUUUUUAAUUGGGAAAAAUAUCAAAUUCUGUGCCCCCUGCGACUGUAACGGCUCAGUCUGUGCGGGAUUUACCUUAUAAACACUCUAUUUUCAACACGCUGCUGUGGCGAGCUCCUUUUUGAAGCGACUCUGCCUCGCUGGGAAGCGGUUAGUGUUCCCCCUUUGGCGCUGGCUCGGCAGCGGGAUGAGCUGCCACUGCCCGGCAGCGCUUUUUAAUUCCUUGCUGUCCCAGGGGAUUCAUCCUUUCCUGGGGCCCGUGCCUACAUUCCAGUCUCCAACGCGUUGGUGGCUCUCGGAAGGGUCUCCUGUCCGAGGGAAGCGCCGCGGGAGCUGCCUGACCAGGGCUGGGCUUUUGCUCUUUUUUAGUCUUUUUUUU